AUGCCCAAGGAAAUUACAGACAGCAUGCAGACUACACUUAAGGAGCAUGCUCCAUCUUAUGCAACAGUGGAAAACUGGGUGUCAGACUUCAAAUGUGGAAGAACGAGUGUGGAAGAAGCGUCAAGGGGCAGAACUGAUGAAACACGGAGGGGUGGCGGCAGCGGAGGGGUUGACGGCAGCGGAGGGGUUGACGGCAGCGGAGGGGUUGACGGCAGCGGAGGGGUUGACGGCAGCGGAGGGGUUGACGGCAGCGGAGGGGUUGACGGCAGCGGAGGGGUUGACGGCAGCGGAGGGGUUGACGGCAGCGGAGGGGUUGACGGCAGCGGAGGGGUUGACGGCAGCGGAGGGGUUGACGGCAGCGGAGGGGUUGACGGCAGCGGAGGGGUUGACGGCAGCGGAGGGGUUGACGGCAGCGGAGGGGUUGACGGCAGCGGAGGGGUUGACGGCAGCGGAGGGGUUGACGGCAGCGGAGGGGUUGACGGCAGCGGAGGGGUUGACGGCAGCGGAGGGGUUGACGGCAGCGGAGGGGUUGACGGCAGCGGAGGGGUUGACGGCAGCGGAGGGGUUGACGGCAGCGGAGGGGUUGACGGCAGCGGAGGGGUUGACGGCAGCGGAGGGGUUGACGGCAGCGGAGGGGUUGACGGCAGCGGAGGGGUUGACGGCAGCGGAGGGGUUGACGGCAGCGGAGGGGUUGACGGCAGCGGAGGGGUUGACGGCAGCGGAGGGGUUGACGGCAGCGGAGGGGUUGACGGCAGCGGAGGGGUUGACGGCAGCGGAGGGGUUGACGGCAGCGGAGGGGUUGACGGCAGCGGAGGGGUUGACGGCAGCGGAGGGGUUGACGGCAGCGGAGGGGUUGACGGCAGCGGAGGGGGUGACGGCAGCGGAGGGGGUGACGGCAGCGGAGGGGGUGACGGCAGCGGAGGGGGUGACGGCAGCGGAGGGGGUGACGGCAGCGGAGGGGGUGACGGCAGCGGAGGGGGUGACGGCAGCGGAGGGGGUGACGGCAGCGGAGGGGGUGACGGCAGCGGAGGGGGUGACGGCAGCGGAGGGGGUGACGGCAGCGGAGGGGGUGACGGCAGCGGAGGGGGUGACGGCAGCGGAGGGGGUGACGGCAGCGGAGGGGGUGACGGCAGCGGAGGGGGUGACGGCAGCGGAGGGGGUGACGGCAGCGGAGGGGGUGACGGCAGCGGAGGGGGUGACGGCAGCGGAGGGGGUGACGGCAGCGGAGGGGGUGACGGCAGCGGAGGGGGUGACGGCAGCGGAGGGGGUGACGGCAGCGGAGGGGGUGACGGCAGCGGAGGGGGUGACGGCAGCGGAGGGGGUGACGGCAGCGGAGGGGGUGACGGCAGCGGAGGGGGUGACGGCAGCGGAGGGGGUGACGGCAGCGGAGGGGGUGACGGCAGCGGAGGGGGUGACGGCAGCGGAGGGGGGUGA